CUUUCUAGCUCAAAGAUCGGUCGAAUUCUUCAGUGUUGGAUGUCCUCCCGAAAGUCUCGUUGUUUCCGUCCCUUCUCUCUCUUACUUAGACUUCAGCUCUCAAAAUGGACCAACGACCUGCUACGCCGGCAGAACGAGUCUCUGUUGUCGAUCUGCCAGUGGUUCCUUGCGACCCAAGUCGCUCGGACGACAUUGUCGGUGCAUUAGAUGGCCCAUCUCAGGCGGAGACUGAGAAAGGAUGGGCGGAUUUGAAGACCUUCCAGACACGGAAGGCAGCCAAGACGGAUGCCAAGUCCCCACAAUCCGAUCGUGAUCAGGCCCGUCGGUCGUCUUGUGUUGAUCUAUCGCGAAUGGCCCACUGGUUGCAGAGUUUCUUUCGUUUCAUCGGCCCUGGAUUCCUCGUCAGUGUCAGCUUCGUCGAUGCUGGCAACUUCAACGUUGGAAUCUCUGCAGGUGCUCAGUUUCGCUUCGCCCUCUUAACUAUCAUCCUCCUCUCCAACAUCCUUGCAAUCUUUCUUCAAUACCUUGCCCUUCGUCUCGGGACCGUAACGGGUCGUGAUCUUGCCCAGUCAUGUCGCACUCACUUGCCACUCUGGCUGAACCUGCUCGUAUACCUUUUUGCCGAGGCCGCUAUCUUGGCGACGGACAUUGCAGAAGCAGUAGGUUCUGCUAUUGCACUGAAUCUUUUAAGCAAAGGAAGAUUGCCUUUGCCUGCUGGAGUGGCGAUCACUUUAAUCGAUGUCGUGGUGAUAUUGUUCUUCUAUCAAAGGGAUGGGACGCAGGGCGUAACGAAGACGCAAAUUUUCGAAGCGGGCAUCGCGGUUCUCGUGAUCGCUCUCGCGACGUGCCUUUCAAUGGAACUCGCCAAGAUCACGGGCGUGACUGUCGGGGAAGUCUUGAAGGGCUACAUUCCUUCCGCGACAAUUUUCCGAGGAAGUGCUCUGUAUGUUAGCUGCGGUAUCAUCGGCGCGACGGUGAUGCCGCACUCUCUUUUCCUCGGUUCGGGUGUCGUCCAAACACGCGUAAAGGACUACGACAUCAAACAUGGUAUUUACACACCCGCAUCGGCUCUCGCUCGCUCAGCAUCGCUUUCGUCUCCACAAACACUUACUGCCUUAGAACUAGAAAAGGCUGAAGAGAGUUAUCGGCCUUCCCUUCAGGCAAUCAGGCAUUGCCUACCUUAUUCGACCAUCGAAUUGGUGCUUGCGCUUAUUUCGAUCGCGUUUUACGUAAAUUCAGCCCUACUGAUCCUUGCAGGAGCCACUUUAUCGGACUCACCUGAAGCGGCUAAUGCUGACCUGUUUUCCAUCUACGACUUGCUGAAAGAACAGCUUUCUCCAGCAGCAGCGACCAUCUAUGCUGUUGGUUUGUUCUUCUCUGGUGAGAGUGCUGGACUUGUGGUGACACUGGCAGGCCAGAUGAUCAUGGAAGGGCACUUGAGAUGGAAUAUUGUGCCAUGGAAGCGACGUCUUAUCACCCGGUGUAUAUCUAUCGUUCCUUGCAUAGUGAUCGCCUCCGCCGUUGGAAGACGUGGGUUGUCGGCCGUAUUGACCGCGAGUCAGGUCGCCUUGAGCAUCAUUCUUCCCUUCGUCACAGCGCCACUGGUGUAUUUCACAUGCCGGAAACACAUCAUGUCCGUUGAAGUACACCAUCCGUCUGGUCCUCCUUCUACUGCACCGCUGGCACCGCCGCUGGAACAAAAUAACAAUAACCAGGGGGAAAAUUCAGAUAGAGGAAAUGCGGAAGAAGGCCGAACGUUACUUGCUCAGUCGGUCGAUCUUUCGAAUGGAUGGUUCGUCGCUUUCCUGAGCGUCGUCGUUUGGUUGUUCAUCGCUGCAUUAAAUCUGUUCCUGGUUAUUGCUCUGGCUAUUGGGAAAGCGGGGUGAGGCGCAAGUGUGGUAUUCAAUGUUUUGUGGUCCUCCAGAUCCCUACUUCACCACUGCUAUCACAAGUUCGCACCAGCGCAAGCGCAGGGAGUUGAUUUCUCAAAGCUUUGUAUAUAAUCUAUGUAAUGUUGGUGGUGGAUUGUUUCGAUGUUUUGUCAAGCGUGCAACGAUCAACCCGACGAUUUUGGAUGAAGCCACGUUGAUUAAAUUUCAGGAUACAUAUGUACUGUGAGUGACCCAUUUGGAAAAUGAAAAGUAGAUUGAGGAAAG